AUGUACGCCGCAAGCGGGAAGGGUACAUUUGAGACAGCUUGUUCGAGAGCGGCCGACGGCGUGGUGCUCUUACGAACCAUUCUCAAUUCGAUUCCGGCGAACUCAAGUUGCAAGGCGAACAAGGUUGUAUUGAUGAUCGCCUGUAUGGCAGCGAAAACCGGUUCCAACCGGUUCUGGCUCGCUAGCGCGCACCCAAGUUCCGUCAACGCUACUUGCUCAGCUGCCUCAGCUAGUGCCAAGCAGCAACAUGCACAGCUUGCGUACAACUUGGCGUGCAUUGGUGCACGUAGAAUGCGAUUGUGA